AGAUUGCGGCCAGCCCAACCAGCAACAAAACUUAUUGAAAUUGUUAAAAAAUAUAUAACCAAACAUGGUCAUUCAGCGAAGUUGGAAAAUACCCACUGACGUGGGCGGUUCCUUAAACAGCGGCACGACAUCAGCGAACGAGGUGCAGCAGCGUACAUCUCCGGGCAUGCAGCUGCAGGCAGCAAACUCCUCUUCAGAUGACUCCGACUGCUCUAAUCAAACCACACAUUCGAUGGACACACGGGUGGCCAGUCCAGUUGAAGGUGUCAGAAAGCAGACGGAGAAGGAUGUGGCACCUGAAAGCAACACAAUCACCUUGUCCCUGCUGGGCGAGUCCACAUCCUCCGAUGCGGAUUCCUCGCAGAAAUAUGUAACCACAACAGAUAUGGCCGAGAACAUGUUACAACGCAUUCGGCAACGACUCGGUGGUUCCCACAAUAUGGAGAGUGGUGGCAGUGCAGAAUCCGCCAUGAGAGCCCUAGAACUCUUGAGGAUCAGUGUACAGCAAGCCUUUGAUGCGGAGGUCAAUGAGCUAAUUAAAAAAUAUAUGCAAAACUACUUUAAACCCGCUUUUGGCAACAUCAAGGAGAACCUGGGCCAGCAUUCUGUUAAUGAGGAAACGCUUCAGAAGAUGUCCUCGUGUGCUUUGUUGGAGAAUGCCAAGGCUCAGUACACGAACUUUGUGCGCCAGCAUCGUUUGGUUGCUAACGCCACAGAUCAGCAGCGUUUGGCUCUUAAACGCUCAGCUAAACAGGAUCCUAACCCAAUUAGUAAAGUGUUUGCUGGAAACGCGGGUUUUGUGCCAAACAAACCCAUGCCCUGCACGGCGACUACGUCCAACCAGUUGCCAACCCAGAACCAAAACCCUGCGGCUCAACCUCUCCUGCUUCCUCAAUCGGAGUUGCAAACAGUUCAGCCCCUGCAGCAGCAGCAGCAACAGGAACAAACACAAACGCAAAACCAACAGCAACCGCAGCAUCGCUCCUCGGUUACUCCAUUGGUGGGUGGCACUCUGCCCACUCCUGUGCGCCGGCAGAUAUUCUGGAACACCGCCCAGAUCUCGACUACCACCAAGUUUGUGUUGGAUGUGCAGGCCAACCUAGCGUUUGGUUUUGGCACCGACGGUAAGGAACGAUUGGCCAGCAAGCAUCCAGAAUUGAUACGCUACCUACCGGAUGGCGAGGACAGGGAGUGGCUAGCCACCCGUGGCAUUAUUCCCGCCGAGAAUCGCAGCUCACGGUUCUUGUUUCUCAUCUACGAUGAAGUGUGCCGGCUGCAGCAAACACACGAGCUGUAUCGGCAUAAAACCAACAUAGAUCUCAGCAUGAUGCUCACCUUCAGCGUCACCGAUGCCAUGAUACACAAGAUGCGGCUGUUCUUCGUGGACCUAAACAUCAAGAGCCGCGGACUUAUAACCAACUCCUAUAUUUUGCCCAGCCAGCAGCAGUCGGGGAAUACCAACAACAGUCAUUUAAGAAACGCUCUGCUCCAGGGCGUCUCAUCUCAGCAGCAGCAGCAGCAACAACAGGCAACCACACCACCGUCUGAUGAAGCUGCGCUGAAGGAACUUCCGGCGGCAUCACCCACUCCUUGUUUGCAGGGCCAGGUGGUGGGCAGCACAACAACGCCGUUGAAGGCCAAGCUGGCUGCCAGUUCUACGCUCAGCUCCUCGCAUGCCACACUUACGGCUUUGCUAAACAACGGGGGAGCUGUCGUAGGAGCAACUCCGCCAGGGAACUCCACUUCCAGCACCAUUGCCAAAUUUAGAAAUUAAUUAAUGUAGAUGUUCAUAAUUCUAAUGCUUGUUAACAAUUACAACUGACGUAUUUUAGGUAGCUGAUUAAAUGCAGCUCAAUAUUUUCGUUCUGUGUAUAUGAGUUUGAAAACACCAGCAAUUCUGUAGCUCUAAAUCAUUUGCUUUCAUCUGCGAAAGGCGGACCAUAACCUUGCUGUCUAAUAUUUAGUCAUAUCCAACCUAGAAUUGUAAUAAACGAAACUACAAAAGUAAUAGACAACUUCAAAUAAAUAUUUGAUGUUUAUUGAAACUCAAUUUGAUAUACAUAUAGUGUGGGUCUCUUUUGGUUUUU